AUGACAAAACCGCUAGUCUUGCUAACCGGUGGUACCGGUUUCGUUGGUCACGCAGUACUCGUGGACUUGCUGAAGAGCGGAUAUCGAGUUCGCCUCGCCGCAAGGUCCGUUAGCAAGAUCAACCAGACUCUUGCCAUGCCAUCUAUUGAGGCAGCCGUGGCUGAAGACAAGGAGGCUCUCUCAUCUGUCGUUGUGCCUGAUAUGUCCUCACCCGGUGCCUACGAUGUUGCGGUUAAGGAUGUCACAUAUAUCAUUCAUGUUGCGUCGCCUCUCCCAUCUUUUGAGGAGGGGAAAGUACUAUCAGCUGCCGAAGAAGAGCAGCGCAACAGUCACUUCGUUGCUCAGUCAAGACAAGCAGCUGUGAAUAUCCUUCAGUCUGCGAACAAAGAAGGCAACGACAGCAUCCGACGAAUCGUCAUGACCAGCUCCACAGUCGCCAUUGUUCCUUUCGAUGUAUUCCUAAACAAGGCUGAGGCUUUGGGACCAACAUAUGACUCAGAUAGCCGAGUUCCCGUGCCUAGCCCGCCUUAUUCAAGUGAGAACCAGGCGUAUUGUGCCGGAAAGGUGGCUGCAUUGAACGAUGCGGAAGAGUUCAUGAGAGUGCAACGGCCCAAGUUUGACUUGAUCUCCAUCAACCCUUCCUGGAUCUUCGGGGUUGAUGAGCGCGCCGUUCGAUUCGAUCAACUUCGUGACGGAGUAUCCAACACUAUGCUCGCCGAUUUUCUUAUGGGGGCGAAGAGGGAGUACGGUCUUGCCGGGACUGGCGUGCUCUGCAGUGACGUCGCCAGAGCUCAUGUGAAAGCUUUGGAUCCUACUGUCAAAGGCAACCAGUCAUUCAUCGUCAGCAGUCCGCUACGGUGGGAAGAUGCAAUCCCUAUUGCGAGAGAGCACUAUCCACAAGCUUUUGACUUGGGGCUGUUUCGAGCUGACGGGGAACAACUCACCAUUCCUUUGAAACUUGAUACGACAAAGAUACAACAUAUCCUCGGAAUCAACCUAGCAGGUUUUGAGAAGAUGGUUGAUGAAGUAGCAGGUCAAUACGUCAACUUGUCACAAGCAAAGGGGCAGUAG